AUGGCCGGGCACAAGAACGCCGCCGUGGCGUUGCUGCCUCUGCUCCUCCUGCCGCUGGUGAUGUUGAUGCUCACUUCCACCGCUUCAGCCGCGCGCCGCUCGCCGCCGCCGCCGGCGAGCACGGAGGAGUUCCCGGUGCUGCGGAAGGUUCCCACUGGACCGAACAAUGAGACCAGCGACCCGCCGCCGCCGCCAGCGGUGGCCACAAGCUCCGACGUCGACUUCCCGGUGCUGCGGAAGGUUCCCACUGGACCGAACCGCGAGACCAGCGACCCGCCGCCGCCGCCGUCAGUGGCCACGAGCUCCGUCGUCGACUUCCCCGUGCUGCGGAAGGUUCCCACUGGACCGAACCACGAGACCAGUGAUCCCCCGCCACCGCCGGCACUGGCCACGAGCUCCAUCGUCGACUUCCCGGUGCUGAGGAAGGUACCCAUUGGACCUAACCCCAUGACCAGCGAUCCGCCGCCUACGCCGGCGGCGGCCACAAGCACCGACGACAUCUCGGUUAUGAGGAAGGUUCCUAAUGGACCAAACUCCAAGACCAGCGACCCCCGGCCGCCGCCGCCGCUCCGCCAGUGA